CAGAACAGACAUAUCCAGGAUACCAGAAUUAUUGUAAUAAUAAACUUCGCAGUCGUACAUUUUGAAGCAUAAAAAUGGCUUUUCAGAAUUUAAUAUCAGAGGAGGAUCUGACGUGUCCUGUAUGCUGUGACAUCUUUAGAGAUCCUGUAGUUAUGUUAUGUAGUCACAGUAUUUGUAGAACUUGUUUACAACAGUUCUGGAGCAUUAAAGGAUUUCAGGAAUGUCCCGUUUGCAGGGAAAGAUUCACAGGAUCUGAACCACUCAAUAAUCUUGCAUUGCGGAAUCUGUGCGAUUCACUGCUGCAGGGAAGAAAUCAAGAAACGACAUCAUCAGGGGCUGAGAUGAUCUGCGCUGUGCACAAAGAGAGUCUCAAACUCUUCUGUCUGGAUGACAGACGUCCUGUGUGUUUAGUGUGCAGAGAUUCAGAGAUGCAUCUCAAUCACAAAUUCAGACCUGUUGAGGAAGCUGCACCACUUUUAAAGGAUGAAUUGAAGACAGCACUGAAAUGUUUACAGGAGCAACUGAAGGGCUUCAGGGAAAUAAAACAAACAUUUGAUGACACAGCACAAUACAUUAAAAUUCAGGCUCAAAAGACCGUGAGACACAUAUGUGAGGACUUUGAGAAGCUUCACCGGUUUCUACGAGAGGAAGAGAUGCUCAGAGUUUCUGCACUGAGAGAAGAGGAGGACCAAAAAAGUCACAUUAUAAAAGAGAAGAUUGAGAUAAUAGACAGAGAAAUACAAUCUCUUUCACAGAAAAUUCUAAAUAUUAAGGAUGGUUUAGCCACUGCAGACAUGGACUUUCUACAAGUAAGAUUACAUUUGUAUUAUUUGCAAGAUCAUAAGGAGAUAUUUCUUAUUAAGGAGAAAUUUUAUCUUGUUUUUCAGCGUUACAGCUUUUCAGUAGAAAGAACCCACAACACACAACCGAGUGCAGAGGUGCUUUCGGGAGCUUUGAUCAAUGUGGCAGAACAUCUGGGAAACUUGAGGUUCAAAGUCUGGGAGAAGAUGCAGAACAUCGUUCAAUUCGGUCCCGUCACACUGGAUCCCAACACUGCAAAUUCUCUACUUGUUCUAGCCGAUGAUCUGAACAGUGUUAAAUACAGCACUGACGGACAACACCAUCCGGAUAAUCCAGAGAGAUUUGACAAUUAUUACUGUGUGCUGGGCUCUGAAGGCUUUGAUUCUGGAAUACACAGCUGGGAUGUGGAGGUAGAUGACAAUGCAUGCUGGUCUGUUGGAGUAACCACAGCAUCGAACCAGAGAAAAGGAGAGGAUUUCUUUAAUGCCGGAGUCUGGCGUGUGCGCUAUAUGGAGGGUCAGUACACUUCACAGUCACCACUGCAGGCCCGCAGGCCUUUAGCUGUUAAACAGAGAAUUCAUAUAAUCAGAACGCAGUUGGACUUUAACAGAGGUUGCGUGUUCUUCUCUGAUGCUGCAACCAACACUAUCCUGCUCACUUUCACAACCACAUUUAAUGAGAGAAUCUUUCCAUUCCUGUGUAGCAGCUGUACAUGUUUUCCUCUGAAAAUAUUACCUGUGAAGUUUAGUAUAAGAGUGGAGGAUCGUAGUUAAUGCUGUUUCUGUCACUGUAUUUAAAACAUUUCAAAAUGAACCAUUGAACUGUGCAAUGUAUAUCCGUUAUAGACUGGAUAUGUGUGUACAAUUGAAAUACUCUUCUUAUAACGUCUAAAGAUUGGUUAAGUGUUUUCUGUUAUUGCAUAACUAGUCAGAGAUAUUGGUGAAGUGUUUUCUAUCAUUGCAUAACUAGUUUGAGAAAAUGACGCGGUUUCCCGUAUGGGAUUAAGACAGUACUAGCUGUUAAACAGUCAAAACAAUGUUGAGACAAAAACAAUGGCACUUUGUUGUUUUAAGACUUGUCAGAGCAAACUGUUUUUAAAUGACAGCUCAAACAUGCGUUAGUCUGGGACCACGCCCCAAAGUGUCUAUUUAUGUGUAAAUGAAAGUUUUUUUUU